AAAACAAAUUUCCGAAUAUUCGCCCCUCUCAAAACUACCACUGAUAACAGAGAUCAUUUUAGCGGGAAACUUUGUUAUGUACAUCAAAAAUGGGAAUUCCCGCCGUGGGGAUGGGCUCACCCAUCUCUCACCUUCAUCUCACCUCCUCAAUUUCCUCUGCUGUAGCUACUAUCAAAUCCAUCUCCACUGCUUUUUCCGAAUCCAUUUGCUCUGCUGCUGCUACCGAAGACAUCUGCUCUGUUGCUGAAUCCAUCUUCUCUACUGUUGUCGAAGCCAUUUGCUUUGCUGCUGCUGGAUGCAUCUGCUUUGCUGUUGCCAAAUCCAUCUACUUUGUUGUUGCCAAUGCCCAAUCCAUCUGCUCUGCUGCUGCUGGAUGCAUCUGCUUUGUUGCUACCGGUCCAUCUACUUUGUUGUUGUUGCUACGAAGCCAUCUGCUACCAUUACUGUUGCGGCCAGAGCCGUGGGGAAUGUGGAUCCUCAUGGGAAACGGGGACAGAGGGCAAAAUCUGCCUUUUGCCAAAAAUCCCCACGGGGAUCCUCGUCCCCAUGAUUCGCGAGGACAGGGAUGGGGAGGAGCUCCCCGACCUUACGGGACUCCGUUGACAUCCCUAUUUUUAGUAGUGAUUCGAUUUUCAUUGAUUGAAUAAAAUGGAAAUAGAGUGCUUGUUCUGAUGCAUGGAUUGUGACGAUCAUGUAUCAAUGCAUUAAUUUUGCUUGAUACACCAUUAUAUUGUUUGGACUUACAGAUUGCAAAACCUAACUAGUUGAAUGGGGAAACUAUCUUCUAGCCUAAUGGGAGUCUCACUUAUCCAAUGAUUCACCUUUUCUCAAGAGGCCAAAGAUUCUUUUUUUUUUUUUUCUUUGGUUUUAUAAAUUCUUUUGCAUUAC